AUGGCCAAGAUGGAGGAGAUCACUGACGUCCCCCCGAUCCUGCAGCGGAUGACCGUCAACUGCAAAUCUCUGCUCAGCAAGAAGACGCUCAAGGCCCAGGGGAUCGCCGUCGACGGCGGUGCCGAUCCCGCGGGCGACGACGACGUCAAGGAGGAGGCGGGCGCCCCGCCCGUGCAGCAGGAGGCCGUCGGGAAGAUGCGGAUGGCCGUCGCGGACUACAUGAUCCCGGGGCCGAAGAGGACGAUCACGCUGGAGGUGGAAGCCGGCGACACGGUCGCCAGCGUCAUGGAGCAGGUGCAGCGCAGGCGGGGCUACCCGGUAGCCCUGCAGUUCCUGACCUGCGACGACACGCCGAUGCGUCCCGACGGCGGCGCGACGCUGGCGGGCUACAACGUGACCAAGGACUCGAAGCUGGAGCUACAACUGGACCUGGGCUUUGCCAUCGCCGCUGAUAGGGAGGAGCGGAGGCUCAACAAGGCUCUAAAUUAG